UAUGUGUACACAUAUACACCUUUUUUCAUCCCGAUCUGUUUCGCUGGCCUGGGCGGCGAUUUUCGGCACACUCGCGACAUCCAUCGCUGGCGGCGGUUAAAUCCGCGCCGAGACAGCCACGUAUCGCACUCGAGGCAUCCACGAGAUACAUGGCAGGCUCAGGUUCGGAAUCAAUUUUAUCAGCGGAUUCUGGCUCAGAACUCGAUUCUGAUUCUGAUUCUGGUUUUGGCGGCGGCGGCGGCGGGUGUGUUUACGAUUGCUGUGCAAUGGCCAAAUCGAUAACAGAAGCGAGAACCACAAAUUCUACGGCGGCUACCAUAACUGCAAUACACACUCGCAAAAGCACCACAACAAUCGCAUUUGUUCUGCUGUUAAUCCUCUGCUGUUUAUGUGAUUACAACUAUGGAAGCUGGGCAUCGCAGUGCUGGAAGAAGCACAAUUCCGGCUCGAUCCAAACGCCAGACGGGGAGUUUAAGCGGCCCUUUGGCAUACUGUGCACAUAUCGCUGCUUUCUCUGGUUUCCGCCAAUCUAUCCGUACUGCGAAUUCAUAUUCGAUCUGCGCUUAUCGAGGCACUUCACAUCCUUUCCGGACUGCUACGAGAUUCGCUGCAACGAGACCUUCUCCUUCUUCGGCAAGGAGCCCCACUACUGACCUCCACCACCUGGAGGGUCAGCUGCUCGGUUCCGCCGACAUUUUUUUUGUGUUUUUUUUUCGUUUAGUCUAUGUGUGACUAGGAAUUGUAUGCUUCAAUAAAUAUGGGUUACUGCAU